AUGGGUCUACAAGCGGUGGGCCUAGUGAGCGGGGGCAAGGAUAGCGUCUUCGCUCUGCAGUGUGCUGUAGCCUUGGGCCACAGAAUAUGCGCUAUUGCUACACUCCUUCCCCGAAACAAUGCCUUGGAAGCUGACAGCUACAUGUACCAGUCUGUGGGCACGGGAGUGACUGGUGCCAUUGCCGAGUGCAUGGGGAUUCCUCUGUUUAGCUCGGAGAUUAGGGGCCGCCCGCUCCUCAUUAACUCGCUGAGCUACGAAACAACGCCAGGUGACGAAGUGGAAGACCUGUACGAUCUCCUUGUGCUAGUAAAGGAUGCAAUGCCAGAAAUAGAAGCUGUAACUUGCGGAGCCAUCCUUUCCGAAUUUCAGCGGAGGCGACUGGAACAUGUCUGUCAGCGGCUCGGCCUUGUGCCAAUUUGCCUGUUGUGGCACAAAGCUCAGGAAGUCCUUUUGAAGGAGAUGUGCGCUGUGGGGUUGCAUGCAGUAUUGGUCAAAACGGCCUCUAUGGGGCUAACACGUAGAAAUCUUGGCAAGUGUAUCAGUGAUCUUUUGGAUCAUUUUCUAGAUUUGAAUCGAAAAUACGACUUCCAUGUUUGCGGCGAGGGAGGGGAAUACGAAACUUUAACUCUGGACUGCCCCCUGUAUACAGAAGCUGCAAUUGCUAUCACCCGAUGGAAGGAAGUUUGCCAGUGUGAGGACCCUGUGGCUCCAAUUUGGCUUCUCUCUCCGGAGGACUGGAUUCUCGUGCCAAAAGCUAAAAAAAAGGAUGGAAGCACGAAUCCAUGCGGUUUGGGGAUGCAGGAGCUCGAGCACCAAAGAUUCGAAGUCUACAAAGAUCUUGUCAAAACGGCAGUACAGGGUUGGAAUGUACAGCAGGGCACACAGGGAGCUGCUGGGUCUACUUCGGUGAACCGAAUUGAAAAGGAUUCAGUGGAGGCACCUCCGGUCACAUGCAAUGCAAGGCAGCACCUGUGGAAAGUGCGAAUCCAAAACACUCUCAAAUGCAGGGGAAUACUUGCUGCAGACGUAACAGCAUGCUGCAACCAACCACAAGGGGAAAGUUUGCCCUGUGGCGCUCAUGUAGCGAAAGCAUUUGCUGACGCCGAGGUUCCACAAGAUUUGCGCGCGUCUCUUUUCGACGUCCUUAACAACUGGCUUGAUGAGCAGAUGGGAGCUUUUCCCUCUGGGUGUUAUGUCUCUUCCGAAGCCGCCUACAAGGAUCCCUCUGAUGCGAAAGUUGCCGUGCGCCCGAUCCAGACGAUUUGUCAGGCGAUUUCUUCUUCUUUCCAUGCGCUCAUUGAAGAGUUCUUUUCGUCUAAGGGCUUCCCAGAACACCCGAUGACGUUCCUCCAGAUGUCUUUGCCUGCGGGGGUUCUUCUGCGAUUUAGAGUGUUGUUUUCUCUGGCUCAUUCGUCAGCUAACUGUGUAUCUCCUCGUCCUAGCUUUUUAUUAGAAAACCCGCAAGACGUGGCAGUGCUGCAUGUACACAGCUUAAACAUGUGGAUCCCUUCCUGUCGGCAGAAAUCUCGUUGCAGCCGGCAGCCUUCUUCAAAGUGUCAUUCCCUGUGUCGCAACUGCCAAGGCAUUCGGUGCGCGAAAAGAAUGCAUGGGGCAACAAGGACUGAAGCUGCCUCGGCACCUGAGAUACUGUUCCUUAGGGCUGUAGACGGCAUGGUUCCCUUCUCGGGUGAAUCGCCAGCUACUGGCAGCAAUCCAUAUUUGAAGCACCUUAUGAGAGAAGAAGACAAGGACUGUCUUGAAGGAACAGGAGUGGAGGAACAUGGGCUAAAGGAUUCAGGGAAAGAAGAUCCAGGGUUGGACAUAGCGUUGCAGACAGUCAGUGCCUGUCUAAGCCUGCAGCAGUCGUUGUCUCUCCUCCGCUCAGAUGGUCGUGGCUUCCCCAGCUCUGCCUCUUGUUUCUUUCCUCUCGAAACCAAUAUGCCGGAGGAAUUUCACUUCAAUGACUUCCCUCCACUAUGCCUUCUGGUGUACGUCCACAUCGCCCCUGUGCUGCAAGGGGGGGAAAAGGAGGCUAAACGCAAGUUAAGGAUUGUGGAAGAGCUCGUACGCAGCUUGCUCCGUCGUUGGGGAGUUCAGGAUAAGCACAAAGGAGUUAUCGUUGUGGCAGGUGUCCCACGUCUGCCAGGUGGGGCAAAGGUGAUGGUGUUGCCAGUGGGCGAAACAGCAGCAAGAUGGGGAGGUGUCAGAAGAGGCUUGACAUCCGUUGCCUCUUUUGAGAAACACCUGUACGGAGAAGGUGACGCGUUUAGGAAAACACUUCAGCUGUGUAUUCACAGCUUAAAGUCUCCGUCUGCGGAAGUUCCAUGGAUUUGCUCAUCAGUGGCCUGCAUAACCUUUGAAGAGUACUACGACGACGGAGCAACACGAACGUUGACGUCGUUUUUGGAGGAGCUCAGGAAGAGCUUUUAUGCUUUGUUGCAGCAGAAGAUAGAAAAUGAAAAUGGAGUGGAAUCAGUGACCCACCUGGAGGUAUUUGUUUUUUAUUGUAGCUCGUUUCCUAAUACAUCGUUCCAUGUGUCUACACACCUGUACGAAAUAAAAUGCGCUGAAACAAUCACUGCAGUAUGCAUAGAAGGGCGAGUCACGCAUGACAUCGCUCCGAUGAUCUCAUUUUUCUCGAGUGAGGAACUCGCAGGAGGCUCGGUACAGAUCCUUCUGUCGUCUAUGGCUUGA